UAUCAUCUUUGUUGGGAAUAUUGGUCGACUUUAAACUUUGAAAGACUACAGCGCUGAUAAAAAUGCUCUUUUUGCUGUAUUUGUCGUCAUGCUUAACAGUCAUCAAUGCAGGUUCUCACUCACUGAUGGCUUUUGCGACAUAUGCUGUUGGGCAGACCCCAUUUCCUGAAUUUAGUGUUGUACUGAUGCUGGAUGAUGUGCAAAUAGCGUAUUAUGACUCAAACGCAUUGAGUGUUUUUUAUCGCAGUUUUACUGAUUCAAAGUACUUUGACGAAGAGAAAAGUGAUGCUGAAGUUAUAUUUCGUCAUAUGUAUAGCAGCAUGAAAGAGAGAGCAUCAUACCUGAGGCAACACCUGAAUCACACAAAUGGUGUAGAUGUUCAUCAGAGACUGGCUGGAUGUGAACUAUUAGACAAUGAUAAACCAGGUCUACUUCAGACAUGGGAUGCUUUCAAUGGACAAAAUGUAGAGGAGUUCACCUUUAACAUAGAGAAAGAUGACAUUCAGAUGAAAAUGCCAUGGAUGAUAACAUGGGAUCAACUACAUCAGCUGCAUGUUAAGUUUUUGUAUGAAAACAUUUAUCAUCCUGUUUGUAUUAAAACAUUGCAGAGGUACCUGAACAUGGAGAAAAACAGUGUGAUGAGAAAGGUUAAACCUAGGGUCAGACUUCUGAAGAAGACCCUUAAAGACACUGAUGAGGUCCAGAUCACAUGCCUGGCAACUGGAUUUUACCCCCGUCACAUGAACUUGACCCUAUUCAGGGAUGGUCAGGCUGUGGAUGACGUCCAGAUUACUGGAGGAGAACUUCUGCCCAAUGUAGACGGGACAUAUCAGAUGAGGAAGAGUUUAGUGAUCAGUGCAAAAGAACUACAUGAGAGACACAACUACAACUGCACAGCAAAGCAUCUCAGCUUAGACAACAAACUCGACAUCACAUUUGAUGUUGCAGAAGUCGGCCUGGGAUCAUCCAAAUUCUUUAUAGUUGUCAGUGUGUUGGUGUUAAUAGGUGUGGCUGUUCUCAUCAUAACUGCAAUCAUCAAGUGGAGAAAGAGACAUGCUAAAGGGCGAGGGACCUUACAUAGUACUUACUCUGUCACUCCAACUUCAUUGAAUGAACCUGGAGAGUGACUGGCAAGUGUAUGGCAACAAAGUUAGAGUAUGUUCAAUGUACACAAGAUGCAACACAAAACACUAAACCCAUGUAUGGCCUGAAAUCAUAUUAUUUAAGAACACUAUCU